CAGUAAAAAAGUGUUUUUUUCUUGCUGCAUUGAGCAGAAAACAUUUUAUCAAGGGAAAACAACAGAUUCAAGUGACAAAGACUGCAGUGAAGAAGAAUGGCUUCUACGGAAGACUCUGAACUUUUUAACACCCUAUUUCAGUACCAGAAUGGAUUUGUCAUAUCAAAAGUUAUGUUUACUGCUGCUGAGCUGGGAGUGUUUGAUCUGCUGAGUGAAUCAGAAGAACCCCUGACCUCCGUGGCUAUUGCCGAACGACUGGGGACCCGUCACAUAGGAAUGCAAAGGCUGCUGGAAGCCUGUGUAGCUUUAAAACUGUUGAGAAUAGAAAGUAGGGAUAACAAAGAUUUUUACGGAAACACAGCCCUUGCCAAUCUCUACCUUGCUAAAUCAAGCCCAAAGUCUCAGUAUUCUUACAUGAAGUUGGAUUCUGAAUUCUUCUAUCCCAGUUUUCAAUACUUGGCAGAUGCUAUAAGGGAAGGAAAAAAUCAGAUCAGCUCAAUACAUGAUUCUUCAACGAAAGAUUUUGUUCAGUCUAUGUAUAGGUCAGAAGAAAAGGCGCAACUAUAUUUCAAUGCAAUGAAAAAUUUUUGGACUCUGUACAGUAGAGAAAUGAUAUCUAUGUUUGAUCUUUCUCAUUUUCAUCAUAUUUGUGAUCUGGGAGGGGGAAGUGGCAUCUUUGCUGAAGAACAUAUUUUAUCACAUCCAGAUUCUUCUGUGACCAUUUUUGAUCUACCAGAUGUAGUGGAAAAAGCAAAAAAUAAUUUUGUAGCCUUAGAAGACAGCCGGAUUUCAUUCCAGGGAGGGGAUUUUUUUAAGGAUCCAGUUCCUGAAGCUGACUUGUAUGUUCUAUCACAAAUCUUGCACCUUUGGGAAGACGAAAAAUGCAUGCAACUGCUAACGAAACUGUACAAAGCCUGCAAGCCUGGUGGUGGAGUUUUAGUAGUUGAACCUGUUCUUGGCGAGGAAAGAGUCAAAUCCUUUGGAGCUCAUAAUAUCUCCUUAAAGCUACUCGUCCAUACUGAUGGGAAAACCCGGACUUCAUCAGAGCACAAAGCACUCCUCACUGCAGCUGGCUUCAAGGAGAUUCAAGCAAAAAUUGGAAGCGUAUAUGGUGCCCUUUUGGGACGAAAAUAAUGACGCCCUUGUUCUUUCUUCUCCAACUUCUGAAGGAAAUCGGGAUAAUAAAGCUCAGCUCGCCUUCUUUCUUUUUUCAAGAUACUACUUUGAUACUGUAUACCCAUC